AUGAACAAGGUGUCUCCAAAGAUGGCGCAAAAACGCACGAUCACGGACUUUUUCACCGUGAAAAGACAGAAGUCGGACUCUGUGGCGAAGAGCGUCGCGUCAGAGACACAAGUGGUCGGAAAGACCGACUCAGUCAAGAAACAAAUCACUCUCCAGGUGACCACCACAAGCUCCUUCGAUAAGCAGAAAUGGGUCAACUCGCUGACUCCCGAGCAAAGGGACCUGCUCGAGCUGGAGAUCUCCAGCAUGGAGUCGUCCUGGCUCGCCCUCCUGCACCAGGAACUGACCAAGCCUUACUUCCUCGGACUCAAGAGAUUCCUGCUUUCUGAAUGGAAGUCCCAGACUAUCUUCCCUCCCAAGGAGAAUGUCUACUCGUGGACGCGUCUGACGCCAGUCAACAACGUCAAGGUGCUUGUUCUUGGCCAGGACCCGUACCACAACUACAACCAGGCCCACGGACUCGCGUUCUCUGUCCAGGACCCUACUCCGCCUCCUCCGUCGCUAAAAAACAUCUACAAGUGUCUGAAAAAGGAGUACCCAAAGUUUGAGGUCCCCAAGAAGGGUGAUCUCACCAAAUGGGCCCAGAACGGAGUCCUCAUGCUCAAUACGUGUCUCACGGUGCGCGCCCAUAACGCCAACUCGCAUGCGGGAAGAGGCUGGGAACAGUUCACCAUGCAGGCCAUCAAGAAACUGAUAGAGCACAGAAACCGGAACGGCAAGGGCCUGGCCAUCGUUGCGUGGGGGUCGCCUGCCCAGAAGACCGUGUUCAACGUCGGCAAGAUCGACUGGAGUGUGAACCUGUUCCUGAAGUCUGUCCAUCCGUCUCCGCUCAGUGCGGCACGCGGGUUCUUCGACUGCCAGCACUUCACCAAGUGCAACGCGUGGCUCGAUGAAAAAUACGGCAAGGACGCGAGAAUAGACUGGGCCCUGGUGGACGGAAAUACAGUGCUGGAAAAUUAA